GGAGAGUUCCGCAUUCCAAGCGCCCAGCGAUACAUAAACGCGCUGAUGCAACGGGACCAGACGCGCAGACGAGCUGAACGGACAAGCACCCGCCAACUCUCAGCACCGAACAACAAUGAUGCCUGGUCAAAUCCCUGAUCCGCUGAUGACGGCCGGUUCUCUGCCCAGCGUCGGUCCUCUGGCUGGCAUUCCCGCCACCAGCCUGACAGACCAGCUCAAACUAGCAGAGCUCUACAGCCUCGGGGCGGUUCUGUCUCCUCUCAUCCUGAACAGACACGCCAAGAGACCGUUCGACGUCAUCAAGGGUGAGACAGAUGACAAUGAAGAACGCAAGAAAAGAAGGCGAGAGAAGAAUAAAGUCGCAGCCGCCCGCUGUCGAAACAGAAAGAAGGAAAGAACAGACUUCCUCCAGCAGGAGUCUGAACGGUUGGAGACGCUGAACUCGGAGCUGAAGUCUCAGAUCGAGGAGCUGAAAUCGGAGCGGCAGCAGCAUGAGUCUGAACGGUUGGAGACGCUGAACUCGGAGCUGAAGUCUCAGAUCGAGGAGCUGAAAUCGGAGCGGCAGCAGCUGAUCGUGAUGCUCAACCUCCACCGGCCCACCUGCAUCGUCCGCACAGGCAGCGUGAGGAGCCCCGAGAGCGACGAGCACGUGCUGGACCAGCGAUCCGAGCAGUCCGACUGA